GAAAUGGAAUAACUGGUCUGAUUAACCUUCUGUUGUUCUCCAUCGUGAACGUAUGGUAUCUAGAUGCUUGUCAAGCUAUCAGUCGUUAUACAAGGAUCUUCGUUGCAUCUCAUUUGAUCAGUGUAAUUCCAGGGACUUUCCGUGGAUUUUGCUGACUCAAUUUUAUAAGCUAGUGGCACUAGUGGCUUGACUUGGAAGGAAUCCGAUUAGCUCAGGUUAGCUAUCUACAUUUUGACAGUGUCACUCUGGAUAGCGAUACCAGAGGUAAUUCCCGAGUCAGUUCCUGUCGAGCUUGCCAGGUAGCCAGCUAUGUCUGAUCUUUUGAUAUUGGCUUUGAUCGUCUUGCUGAUUGUGAGUCUUCUUGUGACCGUAUUUGGGUUCUUAUUAUACUCGGGACUGCUGUCCGACGUGGACAUCCGGACGGGGUCUCCUCCAAUCAAGAAUAUAACAAUUGCCUACAAAUACAAAGAGGGACCCUACAAAGAGUGCGGAUCAACCUUCACCGAAAGUUGCAGUAUUGGACCCAAGCUUUACUGCAUCGGAGUGUAUUAUGAUGACCCGAAAACGGUGCCUGAUGAGAAGUGUCGAUAUGCAGUGGGUAAUAUUCUGAGUGAGGGAGAGGAGAAGCCGGAUGAAGAGCUUGUGCGCCAGUACAGAAAGUUUGGCUUCAACAUCUUCUCCUUCCCAGAGGUGAAGCAUGCGGUCUCCACCGCCUUCCCCAACAGGACCCCUCUGUCCUACUUACUGGGGAUCUACAGGGUCUACCCCCUGAUGACGGACUACAUCAAGGAACGUCAGCUGGAAGGCAGCUGUUUCCUGGAAAUCUACAAAGAGGAGGUGAUCCAGUACAUGUACCCCCUGUCACAUAUCAAUGACUUCUAUGUGCCUGAGGCCCGUGAGAAGGAGAAGGAGGAGGAGGAGGAGUCUGAGGAAGACGGACAGAUGGAGCUUACAGAGACCUCGCCUUUGCUUCCAGAUGUGGACUCCAGCAGUGACGCCAUCUUGUUGAGUCAGCAGCCGAUGUCAGAGAGCCGUGACGCGCCACUGGCCCCUCCCACUGCGGCGACCCUUCCCGAGCAGGAGCCCGAGGGCGGAGGCUCCAACGGCGACAGGGUCUCCGAGUCGGAGGACAGCGCCUCCUCCUUCGAGGAGCUGGAACUUGAGCUGGGGAGGGGACAGGAGGGCAAAGACUGCCCUCCUGCCACGGAGGCCACCAGCAUGACACCAGACCUCCCCACCAAUGAGCAGUCCACCGUGGGCAAGGAAGAGGAGUAGGAAGAAGGCAGGGGAAAAUGGAUGGGCACAGUGGAUGAUGAGGGUUCCCUUCAUUUUAUUAUUCUUUUCAAUAAUUAACUGAAAAACUCUUAUUGAUUUCAUUUCUCUCAGCGUUGAAACGUUGUCGGUAUUCCCUUAGUAGUGCUCCUCAUAGAAAAAAAUAACAAAUUUGCUGACUGCUUUUGAGGUAAGAAGGAAAACAGGACAUACCAGGGAAAUGAAGGGUAAAAGCUGAGCGACCAUUGCAUCUAACCAUUCAUUCAAAUGCUACCAAUGACAAAGUUAAACAGUAACUAUGCAAGAGGGAUAUUAUUGAAUGAAAGUAAUGUUAUAUGUCGAAAGAAAUAAAUGGCCUUAACAGGUUAUUAUGGAAAGACAGUGUUACUGUCCAUGACUAUUUAGCUUUAUUAUUUUUCAUGUAUAUAUGAGUGUGCUUUAUGUCUGCAGUAAAUGUAUGAGUGACGCAUAGGUAGUGUAGUAUAAAGUUUGAAUUAAUGUGCUGUGGCUUAAGUUCAUUUCUUUCUUUUUAUUUGUCUAUUUACUCAAUAUUUAUUUGGCAUUUGUAAAAUGAACAGAAAAAUCAAGGGCUUUAUAUUUUUUCCCUGAAUUAUUCAUUGUUUUCUCAUCAUUUUGCCUUUAAUUGCUAUGUCACCUUUGAAAUAAAAUACUGUAUUACA